CGCAGGGCGGGGCGGGGCGCUGCGUGCGCCGGACGCGGGGCUGCGCUCCUCGGGUGCGCUCCUGGCCGCUCGCCGCCGCCGCCGCCGCGCCUUGAGUCAGCAAACUCCGCGGAGCUCCCGGCCCGGCGCUGCCGCCCAGGACCGCGCGUUGAUCGUGUCCUGAGCCGAAGAUGUUUCCAGAGCAACAGAAAGGGGAGUUUGUAAGCGUCUGGGUCCGGGACCCCAGGAUUCAGAAGGAGGACUUUUGGCACUCUUACAUCGACUAUGAGAUCUGUAUUCACACCAACAGCAUGUGUUUUACGAUGAAAACGUCUUGUGUACGAAGAAGGUACCGAGAAUUCGUGUGGCUGAGGCAGAGGCUCCAAAGCAACGCGUUGCUGGUACAAGUGCCAGAGCUUCCGUCUAAAAACCUGUUUUUCAACAUGAACAACCGCCAGCAUGUCGACCAGCGCCGCCAGGGCUUGGAAGAUUUCCUCAGAAAAGUCCUGCAGAACGCACUGUUGCUUUCCGACAGCAGCCUCCACCUCUUCCUGCAGAGCCAUCUGAACUCCGAGGACAUUGAAGCGUGUGUUUCUGGGCAGACCAAGUAUUCGGUGGAAGAAGCAAUUCACAAGUUUGCCUUGAUGAAUAGACGGUUCCCGGAAGAAGACAAAGAAGGGAAAAAAGACAACGAUGUAGACUAUGAUUCAGAAAGUUCAUCCUCUGGGCUUGGACACAGUAGUGAUGACAGCAGUUCACAUGGAUGUAAAAUGAGCCCAGCUCUGCAGGAGUCCUGAGAAGGAAUUCUAGGGCUACCACAUUAGAACAAAAUUGUGCCCAGCCGGGAAAGAAUGCUUGCUCACAAUAGAUUCUUACCUAACGCCACUGUCACUAUCGUAGGUAGUUAAAUUCUUAAAGUGGUGGGUUAUUAGUGCUAGUAUUUUUAUGUUGUUUAAUUGUAGCCAAGCUUCUGUAUGAAGCUAUAAGAUCUGUGAAUGCUAUACAACCCUUUAUUGCCAUAUAAUACUUGUAAAUAUGAUCCUGCUCCCAAGUGAAAUGAGUUAUAGGAGAUAUAUAUAUCCGUCCAGUUGCUCUUAACUGAAUUUUAAAUAGCUAGGUGUACCGGUAGCAUUCAAAACCCGGACAGAGCAUUAUUUCCGUAUCAAUGAGGAAGUUACUGUAAAGGCAGUGUGUGGCUGGAGCCAGGGUACAGUCACGGCCCGGGAGCCUGGCCCUUUGACCCGCGGCUCUGGAUUUGCGGAGACUUUCCCUACUCUGGAAAAUACUUUGCUUUUAGGUAUUUGAUUGAAAUAUUUAAGAGUAUUUAAGCUUUCCAGUAUAUCACAGGUAAAUGGGAAAUGUGUCUUAUAAAUAGAGACGUACUAAAAUUAUGUUUACAUCUCGGGGGGGGGGGGGGCGGGGGAGAACCAGAAGAAGUGUUCGUAAUUCCGCUGAAGUUUGCCACAUGUAGCUUUAGAAACACAUCCUCACUGUCCCAAAUCAGCUUAAAUGUGCUUUCGGGCAACAAGUCAUUCAUUCAUCUACUAUGGUGUAAUUACAGUCACAGCUUAUGACUUAUCUUCUGACAUUUUAAAAAAACGUGCAUAAAAAAAAUCAACAGGUAACUUUUGUUCACCGUGGCUCCUCACUAUUUUUAAGUUAGAGAUUUUUUUUAAUUUUUUAUUUUUAACAA